CCUUUGAUUGGACUUUGGCUCCCAGGAAGCCCAGUUUGACAAAAAUCCUGACCGAAAACAAGCAAUAAUAGUCCCCGCAGUGCUCUGGCCCCUUGCAGAUAAACGCCUUGCGGGACCUAUCUGGCCAUACCCUGCAGAGCCGUCUUAGCCGGAGCAGAUGUCUGCGGGCCAGAGGUUUGCCUUGGCUCUAUGCAUCUUAGAAAUCCGUGUCCUGACCGCUGGGCCCACUGCUAGUUAUGGCCCACAGAUAAUACAAGAGAACAAGAAGCCAUUUCCCAUCGACUGCAGAAUGAGCUCCUGGAGCGAAUGGUCAGAAUGUGACCCUUGCCUCAAACAAAUGUUCCGCUCAAGGAGCAUUGAGAUUUUCGGACAAUACAACGGACAGAAGUGCGUAGACGCUGUGGGAGACAGACGACAGUGUGAGCCCACUGAGGCCUGUGCAGACAUGGAGGAGGACUGUGGCAAUGACUUUAAAUGUGGUACAGGCAGGUGCAUCAAGAGGCGGCUUCUGUGUAACGGUGACAAUGACUGCGGGGACUUUUCAGAUGAGGAUGAUUGUGAAGGUGAUCCCCGUCUCCCUUGCCGUGAGAGGACCGUGGAAGAAUCUGAGCUGGCUCGGACAGCAGGCUAUGGCAUCAACAUCUUAGGGAUGGAUCCCCUAAGCACACCUUUUGACAAUGAGUACUACAAUGGACUCUGUGACCGCGUUAGGGAUGGAAACACCUUGGUCUACUACCGCAGACCCUGGAACGUGGCUUCUCUGGCCUAUGAAACCAAAGCCGAUAAAAAUUUCAGAACUGAAUAUUAUGAAGAACAGAUGGAGGCAUUCAAAAGAAUUGUCCAAGAGAAGACAUCAAAUUUUAAUGCAGAUAUAACUUUAAAAUUCACACCUACCGAAGCAAUUGAAAAGUCUGGCAAAAAAACCUUCAAUCUUACAAAUGCUGAGGGUAGAUUUCGAUUUACAUAUUCCAAAAAUGAAACUUACCAACUGUUCUUGUCACAUUCUUCUAAAAAGGAAAAAGUGUUUCUGCAUGUGAAAGGAAUAAUUCAUCUGGGGAGAUUUAUGAUGAGAAGUCGGGAUGUCAUGCUGACAACAGCUUUCCUGGAUGAUAUAAAAGCUCUGCCGACUACCUAUGCAAAGGGGGAAUAUUUUGCAUUUUUGGAAACCUAUGGAACCCACUACAGUAGCUCUGGGUCUCUAGGAGGAUUCUAUGAACUAAUAUAUGUUUUGGAUAAAGCAUCCAUGAAAGAGAAAGGUGUUGAACUAAGGGAUGUACAGAGAUGCCUCGGGUUUAAUCUGGAUGUUUCUCUGAAAGCUGGAGUUGAAGUCAAGGGAGAAAUUAAUAAAAAUGAUUGUUUAAAGAGGGGUGAAGGUGGAACUGUAAACAUCAGUCGUGAUGGCAUCAUAGAUGACGUUAUUUCACUCAUAAGAGGAGGGACCCAAAAAUACGCAUAUGAACUGAAAGAGAAGCUUCUCAAAGGAGCCAAGACGGUUGAUAUAAGUGACUUUGUAAAUUGGGCCACUUCCUUAAAUGAUGCUCCAGUGCUCAUAAACCAAAAACUAUCGCCUAUAUAUAAUCUGGUUCCAGUUAAAAUAAAAGAUGCACAUCUAAAGAAACAAAAUUUGGAAAGUGCCAUUGAAGAUUACCUCUAUGAAUACAGUGUGAGAAAAUGUGACCCAUGCCAAAAUGGAGGUACAGUGAUUCUGCUGGAAGGAGAAUGUCUGUGUUCCUGCCCCCUCGCAUUUACGGGGAUUGCCUGUGAAACCAGUAAACAAAAAACGUAAGGAUUUCCAGCCAAAAAAACAAUUAAGCUGUUGACUUCCUGGGAUCAAACCAAACUAAAAACCAGGACUUUCCAAUUAAGGAUCCUGCCCAUGGAGAGAGUUCUUGCUGCCAAAUGAAAAGCAAUAUGAACAUCCUAUUGACCUCUGAAAUCUCCACUUUCAGAUCCACAAGGCUUCUUUUCCUCCUUAAACUCCUAUGGUGUUUCCAUUUUUUUAUUCCUGAAUGAGCAGUAGGCAGUACACUAUGCCAACACUGCUUUCUCCCAUAGGCAAUGCCAGUCUCUUGUUAACAAACAAAAUUAAAUUGGCUUUAAAAGUAAUUGCCAAAGUGCUUUGUGUGAUUAAUAUAUUCCACCAGUUUCAUUACCCCAAGUCCAUAACAUGCAAUUUCAUUCUUGUGUAUGUUGUUGCUUCUUGUUGGGUCAUUCAUUGGUACCUGCAUGCAUUCAUUCAGCAAAUACCUACUGAGUGCCUACCCCAUGCAUAGCACUCUGCUCUUGUUAGUCUUUCCUCUCCAGUUUAACUCUGUUUCCAAAGGAAUAAAUGUAUUGUAUUUGUAACAAAAAACAAUUAGGUUAAAUCAUGUGAAAUUGCCUCUAUUCAGUCAUAUUU